AUGGCUUCUUCAAUGGCGAAACCAGGUUUCCUUACUCCCCUCUACUCAGGCCUCAAAGAAUUCCCUCCCAUUCGCCCCACUUCAAUCACUCCCAAGUUCAAUGACUCCCAUUUCUCUCCGUCUCAGCUGAGUGUGACUGUCAAACGCGCAAAAAAUGCGUCUCUUCUUCCUAUAAUCAGUGCCCAGAGCUCUCCAGAUUACAUUCCAGAUGCGAAAUUUUACAAAGUGGAAGCCAUUCUAAGGCCCUGGCGGAUCCCACUGGUGUCUUCGGCACUGCUGAAAAUGGGCAUUCGAGGUGUGACGGUUUCUGAUGUCCGAGGCUUUGGUGCCCAAGGUGGUUUGAGAGAAAGGCAGGCUGGCUCUGAAUUUUAUGAAGACAAGUUUUUAGCUAAAGUUAAGAUGGAGAUUGUGGUGAGCAAAGACCAGGUGGAAGCAGUGAUAGACAAGAUAAUUGAAGGGGCAAGGACUGGAGAGAUUGGUGAUGGCAAGAUUUUCUUGUUGCCUGUGACAGAUAUAAUCAGAGUGCGCACUGGUGAGCGGGGUGAGAUGGCUGAGAGGAUGAUGGGAGGGCAGGCUGACGUGUCCUCUGUGUUGCCACCUGCUUAA